ACAUUGCCAGUCGUGCGGCCAAUCAAAUUUACAUUGAUGUUCAGAAUCGAGAAGAUAGCCAAAUAGAUGAGAAUGAUUUAACUCCAAUUAGGUCAGUAUUAGUGGGUCUAUUGGCACGAAUGCCUUCAAAUCUUCUCCAACUUUUAGAUGUCAAGCAUAUAUACAAAACAAAGUUGGCCCAUUUUCAAUACCUUGAACUCUUGAGUAUCAUGUGCAAAGCAAUAGAAAAUGCUUCAGACGGGGAACAAAUAAACAAUGCUGGAGUCCAUGAUGCUAUCAGGGAAGCUGUGUACAAGGGAAAUGUCGAGUUUAUUAUUAAGAUAACAAAUGCGAAUCCAGAACUUGUGUGGACUCCUCGUCUAGCCAGGAGCUUGUUUAUGCUUGCUAUUGAACUUCGUCAAGCGGAAGUUCUUAGCCUUAUACAUGGUGUCCCUGACAUACAAGUAAUAGCAUGCUCUAUUGAUCCCGAUACUAAAAAUAACAUGUUACACAGGGCAGCAUCAAUACCGUCUUCAAAAAUACUUGAUCUCAUCCCAGGAGGCGCAGCUCUACAAAUGCAGAGAGAACUACAGUGGUUCAAGGAGGUUGGGUCAAUCGUAACACCUGCGCAACACAUACUUACAAACAAGAAUCUUCUCCGACCACAACAACUGUUUACAGAAAACCACAAGGAUUUGGUAAUUGCAGGAGAAAAAUGGAUGAAGGACACAUCAGGUUCUUGUUCUGUUGUGGGUGCUCUAAUUGUUACCAUCACAUUUGCUGCGGCAUUCACAGUUCCUGGUGGUAACGAUCAAAAUAUAGGCUUUCCUAUAUUCAGGAACAAAAAACUGUUCAAGGUUUUCUUUAUAUCAGAUGCAAUCUCACUGUUUUCGUCAACAACAUCAGUUUUAAUGUUCCUCGGAAUCCUCACAUCACGUUAUGCAGAAGAAGAUUUCCUGAAAUCCUUGCCAACAAAGAUGAUAAUUGGCCUCUCCACCCUAUUUUUCUCAAUAGCAACCAUGAUGAUAGCAUUUUGUGCUGCAGUUUCCGUUAUGCUUCCAGAGACAUGGAUUGCUCUUCUCGUCUGCUUACUUGCAAGUGUUCCGAUUGCCUCAUUUGUAAGGAUGCAGUUCCAUCUGUUAGUUGAUAUCUUGAUGUCUACUUAUGGACCGAGUAUUUUUAAGAGGAACAUUAAACCUUGGUUAGAUGGCUGACACCAAUAAGGUGAAAAUCUUUAUAUAUCUGUGUGUGUGUGAUGUAUUCUUGGUACUUGGCAUUCUGGUGACAGUUCCUGAAUUGUCAAUUUAUCGACAGAAUUUGUGUGGAUGUGUUUGAAAUGCAAAUAUAUAUGAUUGAAUUUUGUUUCUG